UGUUUUCAAGUCACAUAGGAGAUUGGGCUGAGCUGGACUGACGUCCCUUGAUGGUAACACCAAUCUGGGAAGUCCUCUGUGAUUUUUCUCAAGAAUACCUGAUACAUUUCAUACUGCUCUUCAGUCGACAAGGGAAAUUGCGGCUGCAGAAAUGGUACACCACUCUCCCUGACAGAGAAAGGAAAAAGAUCACCCGGGAAAUUGUUCAAAUUAUUCUCUCUCGUGGUCAGCGGACAAGCAGUUUUAUUGACUGGAAGGAGCUAAAACUUGUUUAUAAAAGGUAUGCUAGUUUAUAUUUUUGCUGUGCAGUAGAAAAUCAGGACAAUGAGCUCUUGACACUAGAGAUUGUACAUCGGUAUGUGGAGUUGCUGGACAAAUACUUUGGAAAUGUCUGCGAGUUAGAUAUUAUCUUUAAUUUCGAAAAGGCUUAUUUUAUCCUGGAUGAGUUUAUAAUGGGUGGAGAAAUUCAGGAAACAUCCAAGAAAUCUGCUGUCAAAGCCAUUGAAGAUUCUGACAUGUUACAGGAGACAAUGGAAGAAUAUAUGAGCAAACCUACUUUUUAACUGCAUGUCUACUUGAAGACCCUGAGUGCAAGGGGGAGGAACCUGUAAAUGAGCAAUGCCUUGCACCCAUUAUUUGACAGAGCCUCCAGCACCAUGCCAAAAAUAACUUAAAAGGGAUUCUUUGUUAUCUAGCAAAAAUUAAGGUUGUUGAAUAUAAAAUAUUUAUAAUUAUUACAUGUCUGUAUUACACUAAAUCUGACUACUUAUCAUGGCUCCAGAUGUUAAAAUAACUGCUUCCUAAGCCAAUAGACUGAAUAAUUGUUUGCAAUGUUUUGAUUCCAUGUGAUAUUUUUUAAGUGAAUUUAGAAAAACUUGUGGCAAUACAUUCUUGCAUUUGACCCUAUACUGACAGCUGAAAAUUGUGCUGUAAUCAGCCCUGGUUUUGAAUAUAAGGGAUAUCUUAUAUUGAUAAUACUUUUUCUAAACGUUUAACUUUUUAAAUUGUAUAAUAAUUCAAAUUAUGUUAAUAACUCAUCUCAUACGUCCUACUAGAUGUUUUUUUAACACACUUAAUAAUAUUGUAGUUUCUCUGCAGAUACAGUGUAUUGGAGGAUGAUGUCCUGAAUUCAUUUAUUUUUUCAGGGUUGGAAUAUAGCAAAAAUAACCAAAGAUAGUAUAGGAUUUAAUAAGUGUUGUUGAUGCCUUAAAAGCUGCUAUCUCAGCCCAGGUUUUCAUUUUGCCUUUUAACUGAAUAUAAGGGACAUUCUAAUAGGGUUGUGUUUUCUACAAACUCUACAUAUUUAUUAAGAUGUUGAGAUAUCUGGAGAUAGCAUCUUUUAUUAUAAAAAUGGUAUACAAAAGAUGAAUAACUAUAGCAAUUAUUAUUAUUACUACUAGUACUUUUAAUAAUCUUUCAUGUUUCAAGCACUCUUAGUUGCUUGAGAGAUUUUGUUUCAAAUAUAUUUUAAUGUAAUCUAAUAUAUUUGAAGACUUAUUAUUAGGCUCACUUGGAGCAUUGAAUAUUAUUGUGCCCUAUGGCAGAUGCCUUUCCUCCUUUUUCCUUAUCUCCCAAAGGAAAUAUUUGCUGCUGAUCAUUCUUGUGAAAGGUACCAUCCCUGCUUCCUGGAAUGAACAUUCUGUGUAACUAGUUAGGAAACACGGUCCGGUAUGGUAAGGAAACAGUUGGCCUUGUUCCCUGAUGGUGGCCCACGUUCCAUGUCUUCCCUCGCAUGUCAAUGUUAGUUUGAGGUUUUAAGAAUAUGAAUUUGGUCUUAGGAAAGUGAUGUUUUUCCUGGCAGAGUAUCAAGGCACUUUCAUGGGGCUCACUGUUGGAGUCUGUAGGAGAUGCCAUGUUGUGGGCCUCCAGGGUAUGUUGGGGGAAAAUGGCUGCUUUGAUCCAUCUUGCCAGAAGCAUCUCAGGAAAAAAUGGCAUGCAAGGAGCAGAAAAACGGAAGGAAAAGUGGAUCGAUUCCUCCGGGUGACUAUUAUUAGAAUGAACUCACUCAGAUUAGCAUAUGAAGUUCUUACUGGACUUUCACUACUUAAUAUUUCCUCAAAUUAAUCAUGUAAUCAUAACGACAGCAUCAGAAUGAAGUCUCACUAUCAGUUUUGAUCACGUUGUCUACUUUAGGUCUUCUGCCUUAUGGUUUUGUACUAUGCUAAUAUUAUUUUUAAAAAUAAUUUUGUAAAGAUGGAUGUUAUGUAAAUCCAUCACAGUUUUUCUGGUUCUUUUGACGUUUCCUCCCCAUUUUUGGAUGAGGGUGUUGGUUGUGCCUCAUUCAGAUGUGCUGCCUACAUUUUGGGGUUUCUGUGUCGGACUCUGGGUGACUUGGUGUCCUCAGCACGCAGAAAAUGGACUUGACGACAUGGCACUGGGGAAAGUUCAAGGGACUUGGGGACAUUGUAUGUGGACCUGGCUGAAAAUAAUAAUAAUAAUUGUUUUCCUUAUAUAAUCACAAUAAAAUUACCACAUGAAAGAAAAUAAAUAUUAAAUUUACA